UACGUAACCAUAGGAUCUUUCCUUUACUGGUUCUUGCUUUCUCUCUCGAUGGCUCACUUGUCUUUAAACCUACAAUCUCUCAACCUAUUCCGAUCAUGCUUACAAAUCCCACAACCUCCUCAAAUUGUUGCAAAUCCAUUGCAGCGUCACAACACUCGUAAAGUCAACACCUUAGCUUGCCAAACUAAUCCAAAUCUUGGCCAAUCCUCCACAAAGGAUCAGGAAAAAUCUAUUGCUGAGCAUGCUAAUAGCAAAGAAAGGAUUUCCCCUAAAGUAGGUCCUCCCAAAUUCCCAAACAAAGAUAUCAAGAAGAAAAUCGCCAUUGUUUCGUUUUUAGGAGCUAUUGGACUUUUAUUAUCUACAAGGCUUCACUUCUUUGAUGGAAACAAUGUGACUUUAAAGGAUCACUGUGCCCAUGCGUUACCAUCUCAAGAGGCCCGGCCCAAUAGGAAGCCCACUGUGGUGGAGUUUGAUGGAGAUUGGUGCGAAGUGUGUGGGGAAUUAGAUCCUGAUGUGUAGCAGUAUUGCUGUUGAUGCCUUUUGAAAACUUUGUUAAAUUAUUGAACUUGUUGUGACUUUUUCACGUGCAAUAAUUUACUCUUUUCAUUCCACUGACAUCUGAGAACAGGGAAUGGGUGAACUUUGAUAUGUUAAAUGUGGAUACCAUGUGUGAACAAGAGCACUUUUUA